AUGAUUGAUUAUUCGUACCUAGCUCCGCCAAAAGAGGCUAAUGAUGUUGUUCACUCUAGUAUAUAAAUCAGAUUUUAAUUUUAGACCAUUAUAUCAAGCAUCAAGAGUAGGAGAAGGGAGUUAGGAAAAUCUACGAAACAGUUGUUUAUGAUUAGUUUGAAAUGGAGAAGGUAAAGGAACUUAAGGAGGAGAUUAAGAAAUAGAAAAUAAUACUCUCUUCUGAGUAGAAAUAUCUUUAUAUUAGUUUAGUUGGAAAGAAAGCGAUUAUUUAAGAAUAAGCUAUGCUGGAAGAUUUGAUAAAAAGACAGUGAUUAAAGUAUACUGUUGUUUAUAAACAAGAAACUUCAAUAACACAUAGCUUGGAGAUGUAAUAAGAUUUAUCAAGAAAUCAACUCUCAUUCGGAAUCAUUUUUAAAGGAAGGAAUCUGUUACCUUUUGGGUAGAGAUAAAUAAUACAGACCUAUUGUCAUAUUGAAUGCCCAUUAAAUCGAUUAAAAAAAAGUAUAUAAUUCCACUCUAUAUGAUUAGCAUGAUAAGGAAUAGAUCUUUUAAGCUUUGUCAUGUCUCUUAGGAAUAGUAAAAAAAAAUAUGUUUGUUCCAGGGAAGGUGGAAACCUGGGUCUUUCUAUUAGAGACCAAUAACCUGGGAGGCCAGGGUUUGUAAUAAAAAGUCUUAGAAGUAUUGAUCGACAAUAUGAGUACUAAUUUUUCAGGUUACCUUGAAAGAAUGUUUGUUUUAAAUCCUUCAAGCGGAAUCAACUUUUUAUGGCAAUAAAUUAAAGCAUUUUUAGAUGAAGAAACUAUUAAUAAAAUUAGUUUCCUCUCAUCGAAAGAAAUUAAACAAUUAAAAGAAUUUAUCGAACCAAAUUAAUUAGAAGAAAAAUUCGGAGGCACUCACCCUAAUUUAACAAAGUUUUGGUAUUCCUCUAUUUUAAUUAAGGCCACCCUACAAUUUGGAUUUGCCUGAUGGAUAUACAAAGAAGGAUAACAAAAAUAAUUAAAAAUAGAAUAUGAAAAUUCAAAAUAUGAAAAUAGAAGAAGAGGAAGACAAUGAUCCAUAUGAUUAAGUCGACUUUAAUCUCCAUGAUUUUAUGAAAUAGUAACAAUAGAUUUAUUAUUCCAUUUCUAAUAAGCCAAACUAAUAAAUUCAAGAAGAAGAUAAACCUGAAAAUCCAAGAUAAGAUUAAUCAGAAGAUAAUCCAUAAUCAGACUCUAAAUAACCACAUAAUUAAGCUUAAUAGAAUUAUUAAAAACCUAUUUUAGAUGAACCGGAAUAACCUGAAUUAUAGCAACAAACAUUCAAUCAGGAGGAGGAAAAGAAAUAAAAUAUCCCUCAGAAUUAUGAAAUCAAAGAAAGCACUGAGUAGGUUAUUUUAACUGAAAGAUAAAAAAAUUAGUAAUAAUAAGGAAAUGACAAUGAAUAAAAUAAAUUAUAGCCUAGUGAUUAGCAAGGGUUUAAUUCUACUGAAAAUAAAAUAAACGAAGAAAAUAAUCCAGAAAAUAUACAUAUUUAGCGCUUGGAUCCUGUGAAUAAUGACAAAGGAUGUUGUGCCAAAUGUGAAAUAUUUUGA